AUGUUAUUUUUAACUUUGAUAAGUCUCUUUGGCUUUAUUUUAACAAUUCAAACAUCUGAUCUACAAAAAUAUGUUGACUUGAUCGAUCUUAAUAAUGACGGGAAAUUAUUCAAAGACGAAAUUUUUAUAUUUUUAAAUAAAUUCUAUGAAGAAAUACAAGAUCCAAUAUCCAUAACGUCAUCGAGUUCGAUGAAAAUACAAGAAAAUAUUCUAUAUAAUAUUAUUAAAAGAUAUAAUCGAAAUUCUUCUGCUGAUUAUUUAAUACUUUCUGAUUUCGAAAAUCUAUUUGUUGAUUUAUAUAGUUUACAAAAUCAGAAACCAACAUUUCUAUUCAAUGGUUUAGAACCUGAACAAGUACAUUUAUCUUAUACACAUGAUAUUUAUACUGAAAUGUAUAUUUCAUUUGUUACACGUGAAAAACCAUCAUCAAAUCUUCGUCCGAUAAUAAAAUAUUGUGACAAACAGUGUAUUGCUAUUGGUGACACAACAACAUAUAAUGUAGAUGAUUGGCAUUAUUGGAUUCAUUUCAUCUACAUUAAAGGUUUAGAGCCCGGUGCUGAAUAUAAUUAUAAACUUGGUUUUAUUGAUUCGGAUAAUAUUACAAUAAAACAUUUAUUUUCAAAUGAAAAAUGGACAUUCAAAACGAUGCCUCCGGUUGAAAGACAACAAAAAGAAAUUGUUUAUAUCUAUGGUGAUAUGGGUACAAUAAUGCCAUUAGGUUUUGAAGUUAUGAAAUCGAUUAUUAAAGAUUUUAAUAGAGAUAAAAAUGAACAGCCAAAUUACGUUGUUCAUGUUGGUGACAUUGCUUAUGCUGGAACAGGACACGCAGAAGAAGUUCAAACAAUAUGGGAUUUAUUUAUGAAUCAAAUAGCUCCUAUAUCGAGUCAAAUUCCAUAUAUGACAGCAACUGGUAAUCAUGAAAAGUAUUAUAAUUAUACAAGUUAUAAAACAAGAUUUUUCAUGCCAUCAAAAACAAAUCCAACAUCAUUUGAAACUGAUGGAAAUUUUUUUUUCAGUUUAGAAACAAAUUUUGUUCAAUGGAUCUUUUUAUCAACUGAACACGAUUACAGUAAUGGAAGUUCACAAAGAACAUUUCUUGAAAAUAUUCUUCAACAAUAUGAACGAAAAUGGCAAAAUAAAGAACGACCAUGGCUUAUUUUAGUUGGACAUCGACCUAUGUAUUCAUCGGAUCAAGCAACUGAUUCAGGUAGAUUACAACAAGAAUUGGAACCAUUGAUUAUUAAAUAUGGCGUUGAUCUUGCCGUUUGGGGACACAUGCAUUGUUAUGAACGAACCACGCCUGUUAAAUAUAACAAUUUUACUGAUAGAGAUCAUUUUUCAUCGGAUGGAAAAAUUUAUCAGCAUAAUGCAACAAACUUCAAUCAAACAAGCCCAAUUCAUUUAACUAUUGGAACAGCUGGAGCUUGGAUUCAUGAAAAUUGGAUACCAACACCUGAAUGGUCACAAACAAGAUAUCAGAAAUAUGGUUUUGGAAAGCUUUAUAUUCAUAAUACAACACAUUUAGAAUUCAAAUCAAUUUUAAGCAAUAGAACUGCAUCAGACGAAGAAGAUUAUUUUAUGAUUAUUCGACAAUUUUAA